AUGUUUAAAAGUAAAUUCUUAAAUGUAGCUGAAAAAAAUGAUGCCGCCAAGAAUAUUGCUCAACAUCUAUCCAGAGGAACUGCAAGAAGAAGGGAAGGAUUUUCAAAGUUUAAUAAAAUAUAUGAAUUUGAAGCAGAAUUCAUGCAACAAAAGUUUCUUAUGGUGAUGACAUCAGUAUCUGGACACUUAUUGGAGUACAAGUUCCCACCUGAAUUUCAGUGGAAUAAUUGUGAUCCCUUGACUCUUUUUGAUGCACAAGUCAUUAAAGAUUGUCCUGAUGAUAAGAAGAAUAUAAAGAGAACACUAGAAAAUGAAGUAAAAACCUGUAAUGGCCUUAUCAUAUGGACUGAUUGUGAUAGAGAAGGAGAGAAUAUAGGAUUUGAGAUCAUUGAUGUUUGUAAAAAAAUUAAACCUAACCUUCAAAUAUACAGAGCAAAGUUCUCAGAAAUCACAGCUGUGUCAGUGACCAGAGCACUUCAUAAUUUAGAACAACCUAACAAAAACAUCAGUGAUGCUGUGGAUGUCAGGCAAGAAUUAGAUUUAAGGAUAGGUGCAUCAUUUACAAGAUUUCAAACCAUGAGACUACAAAAAGUUUUUCCAUCAGUCCUUGACAGAAGAGUAGUAAGCUAUGGUUCCUGCCAGAUUCCCACAUUAGGAUUUGUUGUAGAAAGAUAUAAUGAAAUAAAUGAUUUUAUAGAGGAGCCGUUUUGGAAAAUAAAAGUUAAUCAUACACUAAAUAACUUAAGUGUAGACUUUGUAUGGGACCGAGUGAGACUAUUUGAUCAGGACGCAUGUCAAAUAUUUCAUAAUAUGUGCUUAGAAAACCGCCAAGCUAAAGUCAUCAAUGUUAUAACUAAACCCAAGAGUAAAUUUAGACCGUUGCCUUUAGAUACAAUACAACUUGAAAAGCUAGCAUCCACAAAACUGAAAAUCAACGCCAAAGAAACAAUGAGGAUAGCAGAGAAGCUAUAUACUUCGGGUUUCAUUAGCUACCCGCGUACCGAGACCACGGAGUUCCCCAAGGAGAUCAACUUGGGCCAGCUGGUGUCGUUGCAGACCAGCGACCCGCAGUGGGGGCCCUUCGCGGCGCGUGUGCUCGCCGACGGGCCUUCCCCGCGGAAAGGCACUAAGAACGAUGGCGCACAUCCGCCCAUACAUCCCACCAAAUAUGCUGACAAUCUAUCCGACAACAAGAAACGUGUGUACGAGCUGAUAGUGAGAUCGUUCCUGGCGUGUUGUUCUAAGAACGCAGAGGGUCAAGAGACCACGGUCACUAUCGAGAUCGCUAAUGAGAAGUUCAGCGCCAACGGCCUCAUGAUCAUUGCUAGGAAUUACUUGGAAGUGUAUCCGUAUGACAAGUGGUCGUCCAAGGAGAUACAUGUGUAUCAGUCUGGUCAAAUAUUCGACCCCACAAGCAUCGACAUGGUGGAAGGCAAAACGUCACCGCCAAAUCUUCUCACAGAAGCAGAUCUCAUUGCACUUAUGGAGAAACACGGCAUUGGCACAGACGCGACGCACGCGGAGCACAUCGAGACGAUCAAGUCGCGGCAGUACGUGGCGCUGGCGGGCGAGCACUUCGUGCCGGGCGUGCUGGGCAUGGGGCUGGUGCGCGGCUACCAGCGCAUGCGCCUGCAGCUGGCGAGCCCCGAGCUGCGCGCCGGCCUCGAGGCCGCCCUGCGCGCCCUCUGCGACGGCAGCGAGCGCCCCGCCGACGUGCUCAGGAAACAGAUAGAUAUUUAUAAGAAUAAGUACAUGAAACUGCAAGCUGAGGCGGAACAACUGGACGAUGCUCUGGCUCAAACAUUGAACGUAACUCCUGCAGCAUACACGCCUACUGCUAACAACACUUUCCGCAGUUCCACUCCAGUAACAAAAUGUCCAAUGUGUAGAUCAGAUAUGUAUUUGAGGCGAAAGAAGAGUAACGAAAAUGAACUCUACAUUGGCUGCGUGUCGUACCCACAGUGCAAGAAAGCCUUCUGGUUAAAUUCAAUUGUAAAAAAUAUUGAAGUGUUACCAAACUCGUGUGCAGUGUGUGGUCCAAACAACAAGAAUCUGAAGUUCGAAUGGAGUAACAACUCGAUAAGUCAUUUAUACCCGCCUCCUUACACCGGCUGCAUCGGCGGCUGCGACUCGACGCUCAACGAUGUACUCGGUGUACACCGGACAUCUGUGAACCCUCACAUGAACCCUUCAACAAACCCUUCGUCGAGCCCUCCGAUGAACCCUCGUGCAAACCUUCCGAUGAACCCACAUACAAACCCACCGAUGAACCCUCGUACAAACAACCCACCAUAUACCAGAACAAACUCUCACACCAAUGAAAGAACAAAUAACCGAAUAAUACGCAAUGACAGCACAGACUCUUCCGGUUUUGUUAGUGAUGCAAGUACAGGGAACUCAACUCGCAACGCAACAGCUCUCAAUGUAGGGGAUAACACAAUUAUGUGCAAAUGUGGGCAGCCCGCAGCACAGUACACAUCUAGGAAGCAGAACGAAAAUGCUGGAAGAAAGUUCUAUAAAUGUCAAGCGAAUGUGUGUGACUUUUUCCAAUGGGGUCCCCCAGUGGAUUCGUUACAAAACACCAAUGAAACACCAUCAAGUUCAAGCGGAGAUAGUGUUGGAAGGAGUUUUACUUUCUCUACGCGAGGGGUAGAAGUGGAGUGCAACUGCGGCUGGGCCAGUGUCAAAAAGACAGUGCAAAAAGAGGGACCAAACAAAGGCCGUCUAUUCUACUGUUGUUCUAAAGAAAAUCGUCGUUGCAAUUUCUUCCAAUGGGCUGACGAAACUACAAAUUCAGGAGAACAGUUAGCAAAUAACAGAGGCAGGGGCAGAGGUCGGGCCUCAAGUGGCAGCGGGUCCGGUACCCGCGGGGCACGCAAGUGCAGCGCGUGCCAUCAGCCGGGGCACUUUAGAAACAACUGCCCAAACAAUGAA